UGGUUGAGUGUCUCUUAGUUGUAUAAAACUCACUCAAAUUUUGCAAAAAAAACCACACAAAAUUGUAUUUCUCCAUUCUUGGAUUUCUUAAAACCCCUUUCAGGGUUAUCACUAUUUUCAAAGGCCCACAAACAAAAUUCUUGAUUGGUAUGUUAUGAAUUAUGAAAUAUUCUGAUAUUUUUGUUACAAGAACCCACAAAGUAGACUCUUAAUUGGUGUGUUGUUAUCCAAGAUUUUGUUUCAUCUUUGGUCAAAGCCAUGAAGAGAAACUUCAAUUGCACUGAUUCUCUGACUCAUUAUCUCUCACAACCACUUGAAGGUGAGAUGAAAUCAGAAGAAGAAUGCAUAUACCCUGGAGAAUACCCGUCAAUGGUGGACGGCGGCGGAAGUGGUGGCGGGGGCGGUGAUGGCGAAGAUUAUGGCGGUGAAGAAAGUGGGCAAUAUAAUGACAAAAAAAGAAGAUUAAGUAACCAUCAAGUAAAAUCAUUGGAAAAAAUAUUUGAAGUUGAUAAUAAACUAGACCCAGAUCGGAAAGUGAAAGUGGCUCAAGAUUUGGGAUUGCAGCCACGGCAGGUGGCGAUUUGGUUCCAGAACCGCCGUGCACGGUGGAAGACAAAACAACUUGAAAGAGAUUAUAAUAUUUUGAAGUCUAAUUAUGAUGCACUUAAACAUAAUUAUCAUAAGCUUGAGCAAGAAAAAGAGGUCCUUAACAAAGAGUUGGUAGAGGUAAAAGCAAAACUUCACGAGGAAACAACAGAAAGAAAUGAUGAAUUUGAGGACAGAGAAAAUGUACUGUUCUUGGGAUCUGAUCCAACCAAUACAAAUCAUGAAGUGUACACAAGUUUAAGCUAUGACAAAACUCGAAAAUUACUAGAUUUAAAAGAUGGAUUUUCUGAUAGUGAUUCAAGUGGUGUUCUAAAUGAAGAAAACAUGAAUGUUAGCAACAACAAUAAUGGAAGUCCGAUGCUAAAUAUGACCAAUUUCGGCCUCUCUUCUCUCUGUUCAUCGUCGGCUACGACUUCAAAUCACACCGAGUUGAUAGACCCAGGGGUGUAUCAACCACAAUCUGAUUCGUAUUUAGUUAGUAGCGUCGAGGAAGAAUCGUGCCACCUUUUUUUAGUCGAUCAAGCGCCUAAUCUUAGUUGGUACUUUAGGGAUCAUAUGAACUAGUGGCUAAAUGGCUUAAAUGGUUCUUAAGUGAAGUAUGAAGAAGUUUAUGAAAUCGAAUAAUUAUGUAAUCUUUUGGAAACUUAUUUAUGUAGCAUAUAUAUUAAAAUACUCGUAGUUAGGGAGUAA